AUGGAGAACAGGCCUAUUAUCAUUUUGCUUUUUUCUAUCACCGCCAUCUUGAACCUCUCACCGGUGGCAGCCAAAGAAACUAAGACAUACAUUGUCCAGCUAAGCUCUCCGAGCGCCCACACCUUUGCUCAAUCCGAAGACCUUGAAAGCUGGUAUCACACAUUCUUGCCUACAACUGCAGCAGAUGCGGAUGAAGAACCACAGAUGGUUCACGCAUACCGUAAUGUACUUACAGGUUUUGCAGUAAAACUUACCGUUGAUCAAGUGAAGGAAAUGGAAGAAAAAGAUGGAGUUAUAUCCGUACGUCCACAAAGCGUGUUGUCUUUACAUACAACUCAUACUCCUAAGUUCUUGGGGUUGCACCAGAAUUUAGGUUUCUGGAGAGGUUCAAACUAUGGGAAGGGAAUCAUAGUCGGGGUUCUGGACACAGGGAUUACUCCUGAUCAUCCUUCUUUUAACGACACAGGAAUCGACCCUCCACCAGCAAAAUGGAAAGGCAAAUGCGAAGUUGCCGGGUGUAAUAACAAAUUGAUCGGUGUUAGGAACUUUGUUAGUGGUGGUUCUGGUUCAGCACUUGAUAAAGAAGGACAUGGAACGCACACUUCAAGUACUGCAGCUGGAAACUUUGUUGAAGGUGCUACUGCACUUGGAAAUGACAAUGGAACUGCUGUAGGGAUGGCUCCUCUUGCACACGUGGCAAUGUAUAAAGUAUGUGAUGAAAGUGGUUGUGCUGAUAGCGAUUUGUUAGCUGCUAUGGAUGCAGCUAUUGACGAAGGUGUGGACGUGCUUUCUCUCUCAAUUGGUGGACCCUCUAGACCUUUCUAUACGGAUUCAAUCGCUAUUGGGGGCUUUGCUGCGAUACAGAAAGGGAUAUUUUUUAGUUGUUCUGCAGGCAACUCUGGGCCUUUUAAUUCUACAGUGUCCAACGAAGCUCCAUGGAUUCUGACUGUUGGUGCUAGUACAGUUGAUAGAAAGGUACAGGCGACAGUUAAACUUGGGAAUGGGGUUUUACUGAAUGGAGAAUCUCUUUUCCAGCCUAAAGAUUUCCCACAAACUCUUUUGCCUCUCGUAUACCCUGGGAUGAAUGGCGAUAUAAAUAAGGUCUUUUGUGCUCCAGGAUCAUUAAACAGCACCGAGGUCAAAGGAAAGGUAGUGAUGUGUGUGAGAGGUGGUGGUGUAGGAAGAAUCGCAAAAGGGCAGACAGUAAAAGAUGCCGGUGGAGCAGCUAUGAUUCUAAGAAACUUACAGGCAGAUGGGGAUAGCACAGUAGUCGAUGCUCAUGUAAUUCCUGCAUCAUAUGUUGGUUACAAAGAUGGCGUUAAAAUUUUAGAAUACAUGAAUUCCACUUCAUCGCCUGUUGCUGGUAUUGUAUUCCAUGGAACUGUGAUUGGAGAUAAAUCAGCUCCUCAAGUAACCUCUUUCUCUUCGAGAGGACCUAGCCUAGCAACCCCUGGAAUUCUGAAACCCGACAUUAUAGGACCUGGUGUGAGUAUUCUUGCAGCAUGGCCUGUCUCUAUUGAUAACACAACAGCAACACCUUUUAACGUAGUGUCAGGUACAUCAAUGUCUUGCCCACAUCUUAGUGGGAUAGCAGCAUUGUUGAAAAGUGCACAUCCUGAUUGGUCACCUGCUGCAAUUAAGUCUGCAAUUAUGACCACUGCUGAUUUGAUCAACCUCAAAAAUCAACCAAUUGAGGAUGAACGGGAACUUCCAGCUAGCCUCUUUGCAGUUGGAUCUGGCCAUGUCAAUCCAUCUAAAGCAAGUGACCCUGGACUCAUUUACGAUAUCCAGCCUGAUGAUUACAUACCCUACUUGUGUGGAUUGGGAUACACGAGUGAGCAAGUUAUGACUAUUGUCCAAAAGCAAGUCGCUUGUGUUGAUGGUCAAGGAAUACCCUCCGCACAGCUAAACUAUCCUUCAUUUGCCAUCACACUAAGUUCUAAUGUCUCAAAAUCAUACACAAGGACUGUGACAAAUGUUGGAGAUGCUAAUUCAUGUUACACAGUGAAACUUUCAACAGCACCAGGCGUGGCUAUUGCUGUGUCACCCUCUACACUUGCCUUUUCAACGGUUAACCAGAAGCUAUCUUACCAAGUGACAUUCAUUGCCAUAGGCACUCUUCCAAAGAUUCGAUUCGGUGAAGGAGCUAUAAUAUGGAACUCCGCCAAACAUUCAGUUAGGAGUCCCGUUUCCAUCAAAUAUGUUUAA